AUGGACAUUCCAGUGUUCGAAGGGGUUAAUCCACGAUGGUGGAUAAGGAAAUGCGAAAGGCUGUUCGAAUGGCAUAACAUUCCAGAGCUGCAGAAGGUGUCGUUGGCAGCAGCCUACUUCAACAAAGAGGUUGAUGCUUGGUAUCAAGGAGUCAUACGGCUAAGGAGAAACCCGACAUGGGGGGAGUUCACAGAGGCUCUAUGUGGAAGGUUUGGAGAAGGAAGUAUGGCUGACAUUGUGGAAGAGUUCAACAAGCUUAAACAGUCAGGAAGUGUAGAGAUGUACCAGAAACGCUUCGAGGAGCUGAGGUCUUACAUGAUCCAAUACAACCCCUACCUCACCGAAGCCUAUUUCGUAUCAAGUUACUUAAGUGGCCUCAAUGAUGAAUUAAGGCCAAUGGUUAAGGACUAUGCUUUCGAUGUGGGGACAAGUACCACCCGGCAACCUUGCAAGAGGCAGAUUCUGCUGUUAGAAGGGAAUGAAAGAGGUGACCAGGAGGUGGAGGAAGAGAUAGAUGGGGAUGACGGGGGCAUGGAAGACAAUGGAGAAAUAUCCAUUCAUGCCUUGAAGGGGGUGGCCAAUAACAAAAUUAUCAAAGUAGAAGGCCAGGCCAAGGGAAGUACUCUAAUGAUUCUGAUCGACAGUGGGAGUACCCACAGUUUUAUUGAUGAGCACACAGCAAGAAGGCUAAAUUGCCAGCUAACAGGAACGCCACCCCUACGCGUGACAGUGGCCAAUGGACAGAAGGUGUUGAGUACUUCGGCCUGCAAUGGGUUUUUGUGGGAAAUAUAA